GUUGGAUCUGGGUUAUCUCGUCUGGGAACUGCAGCAACCAUCAAAGGAGACACUGACACUGCCAAGACCUCUGACGAUAUCAGUUUAAGUCUUGGCCAGAGUUCUAGCCUAUGUAAAGAAGGGAGUGAAGAACAAGAUUUGACAACUGAUCGGAAGCUUUUUCGUCUGGUGUCGAAUGACUCGUUUGUCUCCAUCCAACCUUCGUUAUCCUCUGGACAGGAUUUGCCAAGAGACAACAGUGACAAAGUGUGCCUCUUGAACAACCAGCUUGUGGACCAGUCUAAAACCAGUGCAUGUGACACAGAAGUAGCUUCACUUGUAACUCUGCAUUCUCACUCCUAUAGGAAGGAUCAUAGACCACGAGGUGUACCAAGGACUUCUAGCUCUGCUGUUGCUUUUCCAGAUGCUUCACUAAAUGACUUCCCUCUCUAUCAGCAAAGACGAGGACUAGAUCCCGUCAGUGAGUUAGAAGCUUCCAAGCCUCCUUCUGGAUCCAGAGAGUCCUUGGCUGAGAACUCUUGCAUUUCAGGAGUUUUUCAAUUAGAUGACAUUCUGAAAAGUAGCAGCCCUCGACCAUUGGCUAAGAGUGGGAAGAACAAAUCCUUGAAAGCAGACAAAAGUGUGGACAGUCUGAGAAGCCUGAGUACUAGAAGCAGUGGUUCAACAGAAAGCUACUGCAGUGGGACUGAUCGUGACACUAACAGUACCAUCAGUAGCUAUAAAAGUGAACAUACUAGCUCAACGCAUAUAGAAAGUGUGUUGUCAGAGCACGAGGAAGAGUCUCCUAGAGAAGAGAAAAAGGAUGGUAAGAAAAAGGACUGCGGUGUUGACUCAGAGGAUGACAGUAGUUCUACUACUGACAAAAGGACUAGUAGCGAAAGGACUGCUGUGGAAGUGAGCACUAACAAUGGUGUUCAAGAGGUAAAGGGUUCUAAUGCAUCUGAUGAGAUGCACGGUCAGAAAGGUCUUGGUGCCUCUGCUUCAGAAGAGGCCAAUAAAAACCCACAUGCCAAUGAAUUGACUACACAAGCUGACAGGCCACCUGGGAAGGCUGCUGAACAGAGAGAUGAGCAAAGUGAGAAACUAGUCGUGUUAGUAGAUUCGAGAGCUUCUAAAGAAACAAGUGGAAAACAAAAAGAAGGAGAUGUUCGACCAAAAUCUUCUAGUUUAAUACACCGAACAGCCUCUACCCACAAGUCCAGCCGGAGAAGGACAGGAAAAAAGCGGGCUAGUAGUUUUGAUUCAAGUCGGCACAGGGAAUAUGUUUCUUUCCGAGGUGUAUCUGGUACUAAACCUCACAGUGCUGUGUUUUGUCAUGAUGAGGACUCCAGUGAUCAAAGUGACUUGAGCAGGACAUCAAGUAUGCAGUCAGCUCACCAAUUCAGCAGUGAUAGCUCUUCCAGCACCACCUCCCAUUCAUGCCAGUCUCCUGAGGGAAAAUACAGUGCUCUAAAGACCAAAUACGUUUCUAAAGAACGUGGGGGCACAGACUCUGAAAAUGCUCACAAAACCCAUGUAAGCUCUGAAGGAAUAAGCAAAAAGCGAUCUACACGUCGGACUUCUAGCACAAACAGUGCCAAGAAUCGUGCCAGAGUAUUAAGCCUGGACAGUGGUACUGUAGCUUGUUUAAAUGAUCCAAAUAGUUUAAUGGCACCAGGUAACAUAAAACAGUUAACUACUUCAAAAUCUGAUUUGGAAGCCAAAGAAGGAGAGGUGCUAGAUGAGCUAUCUCUGUUGGGAAGGGCUUCACACUUAGAGUCAGUCACUCGUUCUAGGAAUAGCUUACCAAGCCAGGCUACGUUUCCUGAAGGGGAAGAGCACGAAUCAGCAAGUGGAGCAGCACAAGCCAGCGAGGAGACUGUCACAUUUCGUCGUGAACGCAGCACAUUUAGGCGUCAGGCAGUACGACGCCGGCACAAUGCAGGGAGUAACCCUACCCCUCCUACAUUGCUCAUCGGAUCACCCCUCAGCCUUCAAGAUGGUCAGCAAGGCCAGCAGCCCUCCUCCCAGGGCAGAGCGCAGUCCCGCCCCCCUGCCCAGGCCGCUGUGCCCGGCGCUAGUGCCUCCUUCCUGGUGAGAAACGGCAGUGUCCACUUAGAAGCAUCACAUGCCACUGCAUCUGCUGUAGGCGGUAGCAGUUUGCACGAUGAACUUGGUAUGCAGGCCUUAUGUAACCUUGGUGACAUGGAAGUUUUAAUACGACAGAUAUGUCG